AGCUCUCGUUCGAAAUGGAAACACGCGCAUCGCCGGCAGCAAGGACAUGUUCGCGCCAAGCGGCGGUCUCCCAGUCCGCCGCCGAGCCGCCUUCAGCCCCUCCGUGCCCGCCUUCUCCUGACGUCAGUCCACAUCGCCGCGGCAGCUGUCCGCCUUACCCCUCUCCCUCUCCCUCUCCCUCUCCCCCUACAACGCCCCCCUCUCCCUCACGCAGACGGCAGCCGCCUGCGAGCGACGCUAUUCUGCUGUGGCUGCUGGCCUUGAUGGGCGUGUGCGGCGUGAUAGGCAGGCCCAAGACGGCGUGGACGGACAGCAGGAGGGUGAUAUAUCACGUGCUGACGGACCGGUUUGCGGCGGAGGAGGACGUGUGUGACAUGGGCGACUGCCGGUACGGGAGCUACUGCGGCGGGAGCUGGCGGGCCAUGGCGGACAAGCUGGACUACCUCGAGGGGCUCAAUGUCAACGCCAUUUGGAUCUCACCUGUCACAGAAAACACAGAGUGUGGCUACCAUGGUACCUACCUACGCACGCACACACACGCCCCGCACACCGAUGCACACACACGGGUCUGCCUGUGUGGUGUGUGUCUGUGGUUUUCAAGGGUAUUGGACAAAGAAUUGGUCAGCUUUGAACGGGCAUUUCGGCGGUGAGGCCGACCUGAUGGCCCUCACAAGAGCGGCGCACAAGCGCGACAUAUGGGUGAUGGUCGACGUCGUCACCAACCAUGUCGGACCAGUCGGCACCCACUACGAGGGUCAGCGCUUUAACAGACGGCCUUCCUCCUCGCUGCAAUAUAUUGUCGUGGUGGGCCAUCCUCUCUCUUUGUGUGUGUGGCAGGUCUGUCGCCGUUCAACAGCAGCAGUCACUUCCACCCUCCGUGUCCGAUAGACUACGACGAGCAGGAGAGCAUCGAGCGGUGCUGGCUCAUCGACCUGCCUGACCUCAACCACGAGAACCCAUUCGUCAGGUGAGGCGCGGCGCGUGGCACUCCCCUCCCCUCCCCUCCCCUGGCCUCACUGAUGGGUGUGUGCAUCUUCUUCUCCCGCCUAUACUACAGGGAGUAUCUGAUCGACUGGGCUCACCGUCUGGUCGACAAAUACUCGUUCGAUGGGCUCCGCAUCGACACCACCCCUUACGUCCCCAAGACCUUCUGGGUCGACUUCAGGUCCGCAUCAAUCAAUGAGCCGCAAGCGCCUUGUGUGUGGGUGUGGGUGUGGGUGUGCACUUCAGGCAGUCGUUUGUCAACACCACCUUCACGUUGGCGGAGGUGCUGCUGUUCGGGCGGACGACAGAGUACUUCUCGUCCUACCAAUACGACCACAGUUAUGGCAGCCUGCUGGACGGGGUCCUCAACUACCCCCUCUUCUGGGCGCUGAGGGCGGCUUUCGCCUCGAGACAGUCGAUGUGGAACAUCGCCAACGCCAUGACGGAGACCAAACGACACUACCGGUAGGUAUAAUCACACACGCGCAUUCGUAUAUAUGGCGGCACACCCACCGCCACCGCAUCUGGUCUGCUCAUUUCAUUUCGUGCCCCCAGUGAUCUGACGUCUCUGGGUAUAUUCCUGGACAACCACGAUAAGACCCGUUUUGCCCACCUGCAGAGCGACAUGGCCCUCUACAGGAACGCCCUAACAUUCGUCCUCACCAGCGAGGCCAUUCCCGUCAUCUACUAUGGCAGCGAACAGGCUUUUGCGACCGGUUGGUUCCCGCGCACCGCACGCACCACAAUAUAUAUUCCCAGACAGAGAGAGAGAUGAGAUGUGUGUGUCGACAUUUAUCUGUGCAGGUGGGAGUGACAACGCCAAUCGUGCGCCGCUGUGGCACAGCGGCUACAACACGACGCACCCCAUCUACCAGUUCAUAUCGCACCUCAACGGGCGGCGCAUCCGGGGAGACUUCGACGGACCCCAGAGGGAGAUCUGGGUGAGCACACAACACACGCAUAUAUCUAAUACACCACAUCCAUCGUGUGCGGUGGGCAUCCCUGUGUGCGUGGCGUGUCGUGGUGUGGUGUGUGCGUCAGGUGAGUGACAGCACGUACGCCUUCACACGUGGGUCGCGGAUACUGGUCAUCACGACCAAUGUGGGUGGGGGCAACAGCGCCUCAAUCGACAUACCUCUCUACAAACUGCCUCCAGACUUCCAGCCUGGCCUCAAGGUGACCUGACCCCAAACGCGCCGCACGCACACAAUAAAUACGCACGUGUGUGUGCAAUGUGCGCGUCUGUGUGUCUGUCGCAGGUGUGCUCGAUAAUUGACAUCCCCAGGACGGGGGACAAGGCCACCGUGUCAUCGGUCGUUACGGAGACGGCGGCUUUAGACAAGGCCAACACAGAGGGAGCCGACUACCAACAAGGAGGCACUUGGUGAGUGACCACCUACAGCACACCCCGCACACACUCUCAAUGCACACAGGACUGACUCUCUCGAGGACCGUAUGGCCGAGCAUCAGCGUGAGGCUGCUGCGUCGAAUGGGAGCAGCUGGUUCCUCGACAACACCCUCAGCCGCCUCCCCACCGCAGAGAUGUGCGCCCUCACCGGAGACGACCGGCGCGACUGCGGCACCUUCGGCACCAACAGACGCGAAUGCGAAGCCAACGGGUUCGUACACACAGAGCGUCAUAGCGCAUCCAUCAACACACACACGUGUGGGUGUGGGUGUGUGUGGGGUGUGUGGAUGGCAGGUGCUGCUGGAUGCCCACGCACGAGGGCUCAGCCAGCCCCUGGUGCUUUUUCCCCAGCUCAGAGAUGCCGAGCAUACAGAGGGGCAGGCAGCUGAACCAGCAUGAAGGCGAGCCGGCGGCCGCCCAGGCCCAGACGAAUCUGGUGCGGGGGCUGCCUGAGCCGGUCAUCCCCUUCCCCCCGGCACGGUGCGGCAGUGAACACGUGACCGAGAAGGUGCCCUGUGGCAAGCCUGAUGGGAGCACGGCCGAUUGCAGGGUGGGUGGGUGACUGUCGGGUGUUGGGUGCUGGGUGGCUGCACAGACAGACAGACAGACAGACAGGGGAGCAGAGAGAGAGAGAGAGACGUCGCUCUCUGUGGUGUGUUCGUUCAGGAUGCGGGUUGUUGCUACGUGCCGACAGCAGAGAGUGGCGAUCCCUGGUGCUACUAUGCGGUGGCUGUGCCGGGCGGCGACGCCAGCAUGUGCGACGUCUCUGGCGAGAGCAGGAGGCCCUGUGGCGACAUGCACCUGGCCACCGCUGCACAAUGCGCCGUACGUCUGCCACACACAGGGAGAGGGAGGGAGAGAGAGUGCCUUGCGUCUGUGUGUGUGUGUGUUUGCAGGCCCAGGGCUGUUGCUUCCGGCCCACUGCGACGAAGGGCGUGCCGUGGUGCUUCCGCCCCACCUACAUGGCGGGUGACGACUUCUGGCCGCGCACACAAAGCGAGUGUGCCGCCCCGGAGGACAUCAGGCACCCCUGUGGCGCACCCGACGCGACCCGAGAAGAAUGCAUCGUACGCACACACGAGAAAGAGAAAUAUAUGCUGUGUGGGUGGAUCUGUGGAUACAAUAUUUACAAUACAGGCGCACGGCUGCUGCUACAGCAAGACCAGCCGUUCAUUCCUCAAGAGCUGCUUCCAGCCGUUCGGCCCGCCUCGGCACAGCGACACGGCCGUCGAUGAGCUCGAGGACAGCCGGCCGCUGCCCGGGCGGCUGUACCAGGCCCCGCUGGCUGAUGCCGAGGGGCCGCAGUGCUUCGUGGUGGGCGACGAGGGGCUGGGUGUGGUGAUACCUGAUGGGGAGCCCAUGGUGCUGCGGCUGCAGGUGGACAUGGAUCAUGGUGGUGGACAGGCGUCUAGUACUUAGUAGGGCAUGUGUGUGUGUGUGUGUGUGUGUGUGGUGAUCGCACGCUCUUAUGUUGAUUGGUGUCAGUGAGUGGGUGGCGCGCAGGCAGGCAGGCAGGCCGUGUGUCGUGCUAUAUUAGUGUUGGUGAAGAUGCUCUCUGACUGACACAUGGAUGGAUGUGGCAGGCGUGCGUGCGUGCGACUUUGUUUGUGUGGACGGAAGUGUACCCGUCCACCGUGAGAGCC